AUGGCGCGUGGUGGCGGAGGCGGCUGCUGCCCGUCAAUGGAUCUGAUGCGGUCAGAGGCGAUGCAGCUGGUGCAGGUCAUCAUACCCGCUGAGUCCACGCACCUCACCGUCUCCUACCUCGGCGACCUCGGCCUCCUCCAGUUCAAAGACCUUAAUGCAGAGAAGAGCCCGUUUCAACGAACAUAUGCUGCCCAGAUCAAAAGGUGUAGCGAAAUGGCUCGUAAAUUGAGGUUUUUUAAGGAGCAGAUGUCAAAAGCUGACAUAACAACCUCUCCUGCACAACUAAAUGAAACUCAUCUGGAUUUUGAUGACUUGGAGAUAAAGCUUGGAGAACUGGAAGCUGAGCUAACUGAAGUUAAUGCAAACAAUGAAAAGUUACAGAGGACCUACAGUGAGCUAUUAGAGUACCAUACUGUUCUCCAAAAGGCUGGUGAAUUUUUCUAUUCAGCUCAAAGAACUGCUGCAGCACAACAAAGGGAAGUGGAGGCAAACCAAUCUGGUCAAACUUCACUGGAGAGCCCUCUGUUGGAACAGGAGGUGUCAACUGAUCCAUCAAAACAAGUGAAGCUUGGCUCAUUGAGUGGCCUUGUUCCAAAGGAAAAGGCAAUGGCUUUUGAAAGGAUCUUAUUCCGUGCCACAAGGGGUAAUAUUUUCCUUAGGCAAGAGCCUGUUGAUGAGCCCGUCACUGAUCCAGUUUCUGGGGAGAAGGUAACGAAGAAUGCAUUUGUUAUAUUCUACUCUGGAGAGAGGGCAAAAACCAAAAUUCUGAAGAUAUGUGAUGCCUUCAAUGCGAACCGUUACCCGUUUCCAGAAGAUGUUAGCAAACAACUUCAUGCUGUUCAGGAGGUAUCUGCGAAGAUCUCAGAGUUGAAGGCAACAAUUGACAUGGGUUUAGCUCAUCGUGACAGUAUAUUAAAAAAUAUCGCCUCUGAUUUUGAACAGUGGAACCAUCUGGCGAAGAAGGAAAAAGCAAUUUAUCACACCUUGAACAUGCUGAGCGUUGAUGUUACGAAGAAAUGCCUAGUUGCUGAGGGCUGGAGUCCAGUUUUUGCAAGCGUUCAGAUUCAAGAUGCUCUCCAGCGUGCUACUGUUGAUAGCAAAUCCCAAGUUGGCUCAAUAUUUCAAGUUCUCAACACAAAAGAAUCUCCUCCAACAUAUUUCCAGACAAAUAAAUUUACUACAGCGUUCCAGGAAAUUGUUGAUGCGUAUGGUGUGGCGAAAUAUCAAGAAGCAAAUCCUGGAGUAUUCACCAUUGUGACUUUCCCUUUCUUAUUUGCUGUCAUGUUUGGUGAUUGGGGCCAUGGAAUUUGCUUGUUACUUGCAACACUUUAUCUGAUAAUCCGGGAGAAGAAACUAGCUUCACAGAAACUUGGAGACAUAAUGGAGAUGAUGUAUGGUGGGCGUUAUGUAAUUUUGAUGAUGGCAAUUUUUUCAAUCUACACAGGAUUAAUAUACAAUGAAUUUUUCUCUGUUCCAUUUGGGCUUUUCGGUAAAUCUGCCUAUGAAUGCCGUGAUCCUUCUUGUAGUGAUGCUACUACUGAUGGACUAAUUAAGGUAAGAGAUGCAUACCCUUUUGGUGUGGACCCUGUCUGGUAUGGUAGCCGCAGCGAGCUGCCGUUUCUCAAUUCACUGAAGAUGAAGAUGUCGAUUCUUCUUGGAGUUGCACAAAUGAACCUUGGGAUUGUGAUUAGUUACUUCAAUGCAAAAUUUUUCAGGAACAGCCUUAAUGUGUGGUACCAGUUCAUUCCCCAGCUGAUCUUCUUGAACAGCUUAUUUGGUUACCUGUCCUUGCUCAUUAUUAUUAAGUGGUGCACGGGGUCAAAAGCAGAUCUAUACCAUGUUAUGAUCUACAUGUUCCUUAGCCCCACAGAUGAGCUUGGUGAGAACCAGUUGUUUAGUGGCCAGAAGACAGUGCAGCUUGUUCUACUUCUGCUUGCUUUGGUGUCUGUACCUUGGAUGUUGAUUCCAAAACCUCUUCUAUUGAAGAAGCAACAUCAGCAAAGGCAUCAAGGUCACCAGUACGCUAUGCUUCAGGGCACUGAUGAAUCAGUGGGAGCAGAGUUGGGGGAACAUCGUGAGGACACACAUGACCAUGAGGAGUUUGAGUUCAGUGAAGUUUUUGUUCACCAACUGAUUCACACGAUCGAAUUUGUUCUUGGUGCAGUCUCAAACACAGCUUCAUACCUUCGUCUUUGGGCUCUGAGUCUUGCACACUCCGAGUUGUCCACUGUAUUCUACGAUAAAGUACUACUAACGGCAUGGGGGCUUAACAAUGUUUUCGCCCUUAUUCUCGGUGGCAUCGUCUUCGUCUUUGCCACGGUUGGUGUCUUGCUUGUUAUGGAGACCCUGAGUGCAUUCCUUCACGCGCUGAGGCUUCACUGGGUGGAGUUCCAGAACAAGUUCUAUGAAGGUGACGGUUACAAGUUCGCCCCAUUCUCCUUCGCACUGAUUGGUGAGGAGGAAGAUUGA